UUGGCAACGAACUCACAUCCCUCAGUCCACAAACAAGUUUGUUUACAUUUGCUUGUAAAUCGUGAUUUGUCGGCUAAAAAUAUGAUAGAUCCCGCGUUAAGUUCUUUGGGUGCUCAGGUUGUCUUGGCUGCGUCCAACGAUGAGAAUCAUCCUCCAAAAAACAUUAUUGACGGUAACACUGCAACAUUUUGGAUGUCCACUGGAAUGUUUCCACAAGAGUUCAUCAUCCGCUUCGCUGAAUCUAUGAAAAUUGCCCAUGUGACAAUGCACUGUUAUAAUGUUAAGACUCUUAAAAUUGAGAAGAGCAUCUCAGACGAUGCUACUGACUUUGAGCCUAUUUCAGAAAAGGAAUUUGAACACAUAGAGGGGCAUCUUCAAACAAAUAAUAUUCCACUAGUUGGAACGACUGCAACACACUUGCGCUUCAUCGUAACCUCGGGAUAUGAACAUUUUGUCUCAGUACACAGGGUCAGUGUGGGAGGAUGAAAUCUAUAGUACUUUUUCGUAAUGUACAACUUAUGUCUGAAUACCUAAUAUGUUAUAAAUUGCAUAGCCUUGUUUAUUUGUCAGUGUAUAUUUUUAAUAAUGAACCAGGAUUGAAUAUGUAACAUCACAUGGGGCCCAAGGAAUAGUUAGUUCGUUUUAUUCUAACUGUUCACCAAAUCUAAAUUGUAACACAAUCUGUUCAAUAAAUUGAGCAGUGAGCAUGAAAGUGGCAUAUUGUAAAAAGUUAGUUUAUGUAGACAGUGUUCACACAAAUGUGUUACUUGAUCCAACAUGUACUCAAACAAAAAGUUCAAAACCUGUGAUUAUUUAGCAAAUCUGACUACUACUAUCUGCAAAAUAUUCUGCACUUGACCCAAAACAUAUGGUGACAGUUGAUGUGAAAUGAACAGAAGCUGUAUUUAA